AUGAAUCACCAUCAUCAUCAUGGUAAUAGCACGGCUCAUCGUCAUAAAAAGAGAACGACCACGACUACAAAUACCGAUAUGUUUCAAGGAAGGAAUUUUAUAUUGAAGAGUAAUAGUGUUCGGAAGGCUUGUUCGAGUAGUGAUGGUCAUGAUGGUAAAUGUGUUGUUGAGGAAACAAGAUCCUAUUUUAAUAGUAGGAAGGAAAGAUUGGAAGCUUUGAUUGUUCCUGCUGCUUCGCCUUCCAGUCCUGAGAUUAUCUUUAAUGUAUUGGCACCUAAAUUAAUGAAUAAGGAGCCUCAGGAGGCAUCGACAUCAUGCUUCUCUCACUUUCCAAUAGAAACUCUGAAAGAAUCUGAAUUCAAGUUUGUCACUCCAAAGAGUAGAGAGAAUGCAACUACAGCGUGCCCAACAAACAGUGCAGGAGGUGUUUCGUCUACCAUUGGAGACAUUAUUACUCCCUCACUCUUUGAAGCAAUUUAUGAUGAUACCAUUACACCAAAUACCAAUAUCACAAAAAGCUCUAGGAAAUCAGAAAUAGCACAGCCAAACUCUAGCCCAGAAAUUUCACUUGGUUCUCUGCCAAGUGAUAUUCUAUCCUCGCCAGAGAAUAUUGUAUCCUCUCCCCCAUUGUUUGCAAGUAGAGUUUCAUCAGACACCAAUAGCAGCUCGAGUUCAUCCUCGCCAACAGCCUCACCCAAAAAGAAGAAGGUCAAGCUUAAUGAUAAAUCCUUUGAGAUGGCAGAUUUUAAUCUGGUGAGUCAAGAGAGUAAAGUGGGUUCUGAGAAAUCCAUUGUUGGAAACUUUGACAUUCAAUCCCAUUCAAGAGUUUUUGCAUUCGAGUUUAGGUUAAAUGACUUGAGUUGUGAAAUUGAAGAGAUUGUUUGUGUUGAAUUACUAAAGAAUGGAAUUGAUUUCCAAGAGACUGGUAUCAGAUUCCAUGCCUCUAUCAUUCAAAAAGCAGAUGUGGAUGGAAAUGGAAAGUCCUAUCUAACAGAUGCAGUAACUAACCUUUCGAGAUUAAUUUACUCUAAUAACUUUUUCAAUGUUGAUCAAUCACCAAAGAUUGUAACAAGAAGUCAUGGCAAGAAGAUGGACAUGUUGUUGGAUACAUUACAGAAUAUUAUAAUUGGUGACACGUUUGAUUCCUACUCCUUCCUGAAUAAUCUCUAUCACUUACUUUCUGAACAAACCAUUUAUCUGUAUGAAUCUUUCAAAGAUAAUAUUAAACCUCUUUGUAAUGAGCAGGAAAUUCUGAACUACUUUUCAAUUUCUGCCAACUCAUCAAAUUGGAUGUGUCAAACAUGCUCUUCCAAUAAUUCUACUGUAUGCUCGCUAGUCGAGUGCUCUACCACUUCCUUGCUUUUUCAGAGAAUGUUUCAAGUUAUUGAGAAGAAAAGAAAUGCCACUCAAAAUACUGACCAACAACAAUUAGACGAUUCUGUAAUUUCCAUUAAUAUUGAUUACGAAGAAGUACUCAAUGCCAUCAAAACACCUCCAAAUGAUUUCACACCAAAAUCAAAAAACAAUUCAACAAGAUCAGGAAAAAAGUUUUCAAAAAUUAAGAUUUCUCCUCGUGGGAUAAUAUCUGCAUCCAACACAAACAACAGCAACUCUAAGGAUGCUAAAAAGUCCUUACAAUUGGCAAUAAGGAACUCUCCUAAAAAAUCUAAAACUAUUGCAACUAAGCCCACAAUAGAAAAGGAAAAUACUGAGAUUCCUAUUGUUCAACCAGUUGAAUGUCCAAAAAUUCAAUUUGUUCUUCCUCAAAGAACAAGUCAAACAGCUUCACCUAAAACCGUAUCUUCUGCCAAGCUUACUAUCCUCAAGAAGAACAAUCCACCUAUAAUAGAAUGGACUGAUCAGAAAGUUGAAGAAUUGUUAACGCCUAAAACAGUUGCAAUCUUACAUUUUUUCAGUACGUGUCGGCAAAAAAACCUUGAUUCAUUCUUUAAAUCACCCAAGAGUUCAAUGAUAUUGCAAAUGAGACCUUUCCUUUCAAUUAAGGAUUUGGUGAACAAAUUUUCAGAGCAUCCUUGUUUGGGAUUAACAAAUCUCGCACAGUUUUGUAAGACAACAUUUGGACUCUAA